AGGCCUUGAAGACAGCUUGGUUUCCUGUUUGCCCGUGCUCAGCUCUUUCAGAAUAAUUCACCUCGAGAACAUCUCAUGUGCCACAUCAUAGCAUGAAGCUGUGCAUCAUAGCAGCUGCUUGUCUGGCAGUGGUGAGCUGUGCCAGCAUCUCUCUGGAGGACCUGGAGUUCCACGCUUGGAAACUCAAGUUUGGCAAGGUCUAUGAAAGUCCUGAGGAGGAGGCGUAUCGUAAAGACAUCUGGCUCUCCAGCCGUCGCAUGGUCCUGGCCCACAACAUCCUGGCUGAUCAGGGCAUCCACACCUACCACAUGGGCAUGAACCACCUCUCAGACAUGAGUGAUGAGGAGUAUCGUCUGAGUCUCCACAGCAUGGUGCCCAGGGACUUCCUGAACUGGACAGUGGGCGGGGCCUCCAUACACAGGUGGGAGGGGACAGAGCUGCCUGCCUCUGUGGACUGGAGGACUGAGGGCUGUGUGACUCCUGUCAGAUUCCAGGGAUAUUGUGGCUCCUGCUGGGCCUUCAGCUCGGCUGGAGCGAUCGAGUCCCACACCUGCAUUAAGUUCAAGCGGCUGCCCAUCCUGAGCGUUCAGCAGCUGCUCGACUGUUCCUCCUCGCCCACCUACGGCAACAAGGGCUGCAAAUACGGCUACGCGGCCAAGACCUUCAUCUAUGUGAUGAAAAGCCCAGGGCUGGUCAUGGAGAAGGCCUACCCAUACAAGGGCAAGGUCACACGCUGCAAAUAUGAUGGAGAAAUCCCGAAUGACAUCAUUGGCGCCAGGGUGUCUGAUUUUGUGAACGUGACGUCGGAAGAUGAGGAUGCUCUGAAGAACGCGGUGGCGACCCAGGGACCUGUAUCCAUAGCCAUGGACCACUCCCACAUCUCCUUCAAGGCCUACCAGUCGGGUGUGUACUAUGAACCCCAGUGCUCAACUCAUGACUCCACCCACCUGAUGCUGGUGGUGGGGUACGGUACUGAAAAUGGUCAAGACUACUGGCUGGUCAAGAACAGCUGGGGCACUGCAUGGGGGGAGAAAGGCUACAUCAAGAUGGCCAGGAACAGGAACAACAACUGCGGCACCGCCACCUAUGCCUUUUAUCCCAUUGUCAAGAAGGGAGGGAUGAUGCCAAAGAGAAACGAUGACAUCAGCUUUACAUAUAUGUGAUUUUGUCUAGCUCUAUUAUUCUGUUGAUUUCUAUUCUAUUCCAUUCCAUUCCAUUCUGUUCUAUUCUAUUUUUAUUCUAUUCUAUUCUAUUCUAUUAAUUUCAUAUGUCAAAGAGGGAAAACUUGUUUACUUUACUUACUGUAUGCACUUCAAAAUAAA